AUGUUUCAAAAAUUCGCCCUCGCUUUCAAGGCUAAGACCUUUGAGUUCUUCGCCGAUGAAGAGACUGCCGCCGACGACGAAGGCUUCACCCUCUUUGACUCCGCCGAAGACUUCAUCCCCGAUCAGAAAGUCAUCAUCCUCAAGCCUGACCGGUCGGUCACCGAGAGCCCGGUGGACGCCCAGCUCUUGCCGCCACAAUCAGCCGAAUCACGGAUCCGACCCCUCGACUCUCAGCUGGCGCAGACUCUGGUUUCCUCCAUCUUCGCCACGGUUUCUUCCUUCGAAGCUUCGUAUCUCCAGCUGCAGACUGCUCACGUGCCUUUUACCGAGCAAGGGAUAAAGAGCGCUGACGAGGCAAUUGUUUCCCAUCUCCAGCGGCUUUCGGAUUUGAAGCAAUUCUACAGGGAUUUGCGUGGCAAUUCUGAGCAUGCCGCUGUUUUGCCGAUUGGGUCGCGUUUGGAAGCUCAGGUGCAAGAAAACCAGAGCAAGCUUAGAGUUCUGGGGACUGUUUCGGACCGUUUGCAGGCUGAAAUUGAUCGAAAGGACAGUGAAGUUUCUUCCACGAGGGAGAAACUUGGGAGUUUGCACAACUGCAACGCCCUGUUGUCCAGGAGGUUAGCUGGCUACUUGAGUUUGAACUCUUCUUCUGCUGAUGUGUUGAUGUCUGUGCGGGUUUUCGAGUCUCUUUUGAACGAUGCUCGUAGGGCUACGCAUCAAUUUACCAAGAUUUUGAUUGUUUUGAUGAGAAAGGCCGAGUGGGAUUUGGAUUUGGCUGCCAAUUCACUUCAUUCUUGCAUUGACUAUGCAAAGAGUGGUCACAAUCGGUUUGCAUUUCUGUCGUAUGUAUGCUUAGGGAUGUUUCGGGGUUUUGAUUUGAAGAGUUUCGGUUUAGGACAGAAUGAGGCCGAAAGCAUGUCUAAUGGGCAGGGCUCAAACUCACAAAGGGUGAAUGCUUCACUCAAGCAGCUACUCCAGCAUGUUUCUAGCAAUGCUAUGGAGCUGCUACGUAGUAAUCCCACCAGCGAAUUCUCAAGGUUCUGCGAGAAGAAGUACCAAGAACUUAUACAUCCUGCGAUGGAGUCCUCACUCUUCUGCAACUUGGACCAGAAUGAGGCAGUAUUGAGUUCAUGGCGGUCGCUAAGCAUAUUCUACGAGUCUUUUGUUAACAUGGCUAGUUCGGUAUGGACGCUUCACAAGCUGGCAUUUUCAUUUGACCCUAUUGUUGAGAUUUUCCAAGUGGAGAGAGGGGUUGAUUUCUCAAUGGUGUUCAUGGAAGAUGUCACCAGAAAGUUUACUCUGCCUGCCAAGGCAAGAGCAAAGGUGGGGUUCACCGUGUUCCCUGGGUUUAAGGUUGGGAGAACGGUUAUUCAGUCGCAGGUGUACUUGAAUGGCUUGAAAUGUACAGAGUAG